UCUACCGCUGUUGCACAAACGUACAGUGUUGUACUAAUAGAUUUUUGGUGUUAACUAAGAACAGUAAUAUUUUCUUGUUGAAGCAUCAACGUGUUAUGAUGUGGAGGAUUCUUGUUGCUGGAAUAUAUAUGGUCGCCAUUGCUGUGGCGCAGGAUUACGAGGUUUCCGAUAUUCAGUGCAGCGGUGCAGGAUCAGCUGCUGAUCUUUUAACGGCAAAAAUACGAAGACCGGUCGGCUUCAAAGGGGCGCCGCUAUUCGCUGAUGAUCGAGCCGCCGAUCCAUUAACUGAUCUUCACUGUCAGAUAAGACCGGAUCCGAACGAUCCUCAGGAAGACAAUUAUUUUCUGAAGGUGACCGAUUUCUCGCGAUGCGGUAUUCUGAAGAGGAACGGAUUCAUACAUUUGCGUGUUUGGUUUCCUGCGUUUCCUGGAGUCGUCAUGCUGGCGGAUCAGGAAUUGAUCCUCAUGUGCAGACCACCUGAACCGACGCUGCUGAGACAUAAGGCAGCUGGAUUUGCUGGGACUUUUCCACAUGGUGCCAGAGUGUCAGGGGUCGUUGAGGAGACUCCAGGGCGUUUGGAAUACGAAGUGGCACUGUACCGUGAAGCAACUGGCAAUGCGACAGACAGUAGUUCAAAUUCACAGACAGUUGAUCAAGCUGUGCCAAUUGGUACGAAACUUCAGCUCAGGGCACGAAUAAGUUCAGAGAGUGCUUGGGGUUAUAUAAAGUUACUGGAGGUCACUGUAAGUCCGGAUCCUGAUCAGCCUCAUGCACCAGGAAGCGUGACCCUCGUCAAAGAUGGUUGUAGAAAUCGUGACUUUGCAUCGAUCAUUCCUCAUCAACCAGCAAGAUACAGAGAGAGAAAAAAUGAAGUUUUUCUUGAUUUCGAAGCUUUCUUGCUUAGUUCCAUGAGAGAAAGAUCUACACUUUGGAUUCAUUCCCAGAUCAAGGCUUGCAUGGAGCCGCAAGACUGUCAACCAGAUUUUUGUCUGGAUCUAUUUGAACCCUCGGGUCAUGGCAAGAAGAAGAGGUCAACCAAAGAGGACGAUGGCGGAAGUAAACAUUUUUUGCCACGAGUUGAACGGCUCGUUCAGAAAUACAAUGAUUCAACGCCAUUUACAAAAUUCAAAGAAAAUAUUGAGUACACUGUUAUGAUGCCUGGUGAAUUGUAUGAUAAAGUAGCAGCUGGCCUUGAAGGUAGCUGUGGAAAUUUUCUCUACGUUGCUACCGGACUUGGGGGACUUCUGAUGCUCUCAGCUUUUAUAAUGUGUUACUUGGCGUCGCGUCUUCAUAGUAUCUCUUCGUCGAUUCCUCAAAAUAAAAGCAUUGACGAAUUGGUGCGCGAACGAGCCCGGAAGUACUGCGAAGUCACACCCGGAUAUACGGGACGUUCUACGGUUCAAUAAGUUAUUGAGACUAGAACAGCCUUGUCAAGGUUGAAUUUUGUAAAAUUAUUAUUUAUAUACUUUUUAAAUCUACAAAGGAACCUUGUACCUGUCGGCAAUGCAUAUACAUAUAUAACCUUGCCUACGAGUGCAGAUUCUUAAAUUUAAAUAAUUCUCGCGCAACUAUCAUUGGAACGAGAAGGAAUCAAAGCUUCGCGAAUUGCAUAGUUUUAUACAGGGUGUUCCGAAAUUACCUGACCAACGGGAUAUGGCGGUGUUCGGGAGACACCACUGAUCACGAAAAUGACCUUCCUUUUCUCCGGAAGGUCAUUGUUUUUAAAUAGGAGCAGGUU